CAUUGGUGCAUUAGAUGGUUUCUUAGUCUCACUUGGUCCCAGAGUUCUCCGCAGAGGCAAGCAUCGGUGGAUGCGGGGGUCAUUUGCUGUCUCUUGCCCUCACUAAAGGAGGAGGAUCUGCGGUGGGUUGUGUUGAACUUGAAUACACUGGAUUGUGCUGUUCAUGUGGGUAUGCCUGCAGCUCUGCGGGUUUGUGCGUCCGUUUCGUCUGCCGGAGCUGGGUGGGUUGCAGUUGCAGGAGCUGUCUGGGCUGGAGGUUAGGCGCAUUGCAGGAAUCCAUGCACAGGGGUCGAAACGAUAACACCUGCGUUGCUUUGUUGCACAAACAGGAGGCGCUUCAGUAUGAAGUUUACGUGCGUAUUGCUAGUAGUGCUAGCCGUGUUGCUAGCAUUGAAUCUCCGCGUAGAUGGAGCACCGUUUCCCCCUCCGCAGUUUAGGCUAUGCCAGAGCGCAGAUAGGUGCUGUCCACCUGUGAGCCAGAAGCCCCCAGUGCCGUUUCAGUUCCAGACAGGUCUGCCGUGGAGGACCCGGAUCGCAGCUCAGUUUGCGGACGCUAAGUACAUUGCUAAGUACCAGAGAGCGUACCAGUUAAUGAAAGCACUUCCGAAUUCUGACCCGCGGUCUUUGUAUGCCCAAGCUAGAAUGCACUGCGCGUACUGCGGCGCAGCUUUCUACUAUCCCCGCAGUGACUAUUCGCUAGAGAUUCAUGAUGGAUGGUUCUUCUUUCCCUGGCAUCGCAUGUUUCUCUACUUCCACGAGCGGAUCCUUGCGAGUCUGAUCGGUGACCCGACGUUCGCCCUGCCCUUCUGGAAUUGGGACAACCAGUCACAAGGUGCUACUCAAGGAAAUGUCAUGCCCAGGUAUUACAGCGAGAGACGAUGGAGUAACAAAUCUAAUCCUUUGUACGAUCCGAAUCGGAAUCGUUGCGCUCUCCCGCCACACCUCAUAGAUUUGAAUUCAGGGGGAGGGUGUUCCGGAAUGCCGGACGAUUACCUGCGGACGGAGAAUAACCGGCUCAUGUACAAUCAAAUGGUGUCUGGCCCAACGACGCCGAGUCUCUUCUUUGGAUCGACAUACAGGUUCGGAUGGUCGGGAGGGAUGGGGGGUGGGACGUUGGAGGGAGCUCCUCAUGGCACUGUUCAUAUCUUCACAGGGAAUCCGUACUCUCGAAAUCCCUAUGACGACAUGGGAAACUUGAAUGUAGCAGCGUUAGAUCCGCUGUUUUAUGCUCAUCAUGCCAACAUCGACCGAUUGUGGGAAGUCUGGAAAGGCAUGGGUGGUAGGCACAAAGAUAUCAGUGAUCCUGAUUAUUUGAAGUCGCAGUUUGUUUUCUACGACGAGAACAAGAGGCUGGUUUCUGUCUCCGUCGGCCAAGUCUUGAAUGCGGGAAAUUUGAGAUAUGGUUACCAAAAGGUUCCGAACCCCUGGAUGAAUCCAAAAGCCGGUGGUAUGUCUACUGCGAGCGUCGAUGGAAUGGACAUGAGCGGACAGAGUGUAGAGGCAACGCAAUGCUCGGCUCUUGCAAACAGCGACGUACCUGCAUUAAUUAAGUCUAGCCCGCUUCUAAAGAAAUCUGGAAACAUCCUCUUUACCACCCCGUUAACGUUCCGUGUGCGUAGACUUGCCCCGACUGGCAACAGACAAGAAAUCCUUGAGAUUAAUAACAUCGAGAUCGACUGGACCAAGAAGGCUAAGAUUAACGCGUUCCUGUUCUACCCAGGUGCUAGCGGCUCCAGCAUCGACUGCAUGGAGUUCUUCGGUACCUUUGCCCACAUCCCCGCAUCCAACCACAAGAAGAAGCUGGGAUACAGCAGGUCGUGGAGACUGGGCCUUACGACGAAGCUAGCCCAAUUAGGGAAGUCCGGCUUUUCGCAAGUGGUUGUUACUCUUGUGCAAGUAGGUUCUAACCAGCAUAUCAAGUUCGGAGCUACCAAGAUCAAGCUUGAGAAAUAAUUGUAACCUGUCGCCGGCGGUGGCGUGACCAUCGAUCAGUGCUCGGAGAAGAAAGUCUUCUUCAUUCAUUUACAGUUGAAUUUAACUUAUUCUCUACUAGUAGGCACCCAUUUGAAAUAAAUAAAUUGGUCUGGAGAGAAAAGGGUGGUUGUCUCUCCCCUCUAAAAAUCAUGCUCUAAGAUCGUCUUGCGUCCAGUCUUAGGUAGCACUGAGAUUGCAGUUACAUUUCUAGAAUCGGCCUAGAAGGUAUAUGACGGAUCUAGUGAUGAGCGAACACAUUCUUUUUAAUAUCAGGGCAAUUUUCACUCUAUCCCAGACAUGUGAUUAUGGGAACAUGGCUUGACAGACACAACUCAUUGUGUAUCGUUUGCAGGAAUUCAUUGUGAGUAUCUUGUUCGAGUGAGGAUCGAUGAAAGGAAGUAACUUUGUCAAUAUAGUAUUUUAAACCGCAUUGUACAAAGUUUUCUUUUUCAUCUACCUUCAUCAAAAAUAAAGCAGAAACUUGUGAAUA